UAUAUAUCACAAGGGAGUUCUUCAACUAUUGAGAACUUAAGUUUCAUAGCCAAAAUGAGCUUCUCAAAUUCAUCAACAGGCUCUGGUAGAAGAACAUUUGAAUUUGGAGGUACAUAUGUGGUUAAGCCAAGAGGUAAACACCAGGCUACGAUAGUUUGGCUUCAUGGUCUCGGUGACAACGGGUCCAGCUGGUCACAACUCUUGGAAAGCCUCCCUCUUCCUAAUAUAAAAUGGAUAUGCCCCACUGCUCCAACUCGCCUCGUUACUUUACUAGGUGGAUUUCCUUGCACAGCAUGGUUCGAUAUGGGAGAGCUAUCUGAAGAAAGUUCCGAUGACUUGGAAGGAUUAGAUGCCUCAGCAGCACACAUAGCUAACUUACUCUCAACUGAGCCUGCUGGCAUAAAGCUUGGUGUUGGAGGCUUUAGCAUGGGAGCUGCAACAGCUCUCUACUCUGCAACUUGCUUUGCUCGUGGCAAAUAUGAGAAUGGCCGCGCUUACCCUAUCACUUUGAGGGCCAUUCUCGGCCUCAGUGGUUGGCUUCCCGGAGCUAGGAGCAUGGCUAGCAAGGUUGAUAAAUCGGGCGAGGCAGCUAUGCGUGCUGCCUCUCUCCCGAUCUUCCUAUCUCACGGACUUUGUGAUGAAGUUGUUCCUCACAAACAUGGCGACAUAUCAUACCAAUCUCUUCGCACGUCCGGUUUUCGAAAUCUAUCUUACAAGACAUAUGAAGGGAUUGGACAUUAUACUGUGCCUAAAGAGAUGGAAGAUGUUAGCAACUGGCUAAAUAUGGCCAUGAGGUUUUAGGAUUUAGGGUUAUUGGUUCGUGAGGGUUACUCGAUUCGACUCUACUCGACUCGACUCAUUAAAAUUGGGAAAAUAAAAGGGUAUUGUAGAUUUGUAGUAAGAGUCAUGGCUUGCAAAUUUGCAAUGUAAUUAGGGUUUUAUCUUAUAAUAUAAUAUAUGCUUUCAUUGGCUUUGAUAUGA